AUGAGGAUGGAACAAAACUCUGCAGACCCAAAGCUGGAACGAAGAGAAGCCAUCCAGCUAGUUCGGCCCGAAGAUAUGGCAGAGCAGCCCAAACGGAGAAUGUGGCAAGAGCGAAGAGUGGCACCUCGCUGGGAAGCCCAAUGCCGAGACUUCCUGGGGGGGACGGAUUCCCCUAAUGUGGAGUUGGGGAAGGAUCCCGGGCCCUGGGAGGACGCCAAGGCCUUCCUGGCCUCCUUUGAGCAAGUGGCCGAAGCCUGCCAGUGGCCCAGGAGAGAGUGGGCGGCCCGGCUCCUGCCUGCGCUGAGCGGAGAAGCCCAGAAAGCCUUUAGCAGCCUGGAGGCCAGAGACAGGGAGGAUUAUGGGAAAGUGAAGGCAGCCAUCUUGCGCAGGGAAGGCAACCACAUGGAAACCCUGCGCCAGCACUUCCGGCAGUUCCGCUCCCGGGAGGUGGAGGACCCGCGCCGGAUUUACAGCCGGCUGCAGGAGCUUUGCCGCCGGUGGCUGAGGCCGGAGAGGCGGUCGAAGGAGCAGAUCCUGGAGCUAGAUGCCUUCAAAUGCCCUGUCAGGCAGGCCGGCCUUGCAGCGCCUCCUGAAGGUCUCCACCUCACCUCGUUGGGGAGCCCGUUCCACAGAGCCGGAGCUUUGAUGGAAAAGGCCCAGGCUCUGGGGCUCUUGCAGGAGGGCUGGCCGCAGUCCCGAAAAGCAGAAGAGGAGCCAUCGGGAGCACAGAGGGAGAUCCACAAGAAAGCCAGGCAGAGUGUCCAGGGGGAGAUGAAGUUACCCAGAAAAAAGGAAGUGAUGUUUGUCCAGGUCCCGGAGGAAAUAGAGAGACGCCCAGGCCAAGAUUUGGGUGAUAAGAAGACAAGUCAGAUUAAAAGUCCAAUUAAAAAGGAGGACUUGCAAAUGGAAGAGGUAGGCCCAGAGGAAACGCAAGAGACAACACUGGAAGUAACUCACUGGAAUAUUCUGGGAAGAUACGAAAUUCAUAAGCAGAGACGGGAAUCCAGUUGGCAAGAGGAGAAGAAGCCAAGAGGGCGAGAGAAUGAAUGCAACCAGCACUCAGAAAGUAUCAACAGAAUUAGUCCCAUCCACAGAGGGCGGAAGAAGCCCUUGUUCUCCAAGUAUGGGAGAAAGUAUCGCUACAAGCCAGGAGUUGUCCUCAUACGUCCGGGUGAGAAGCCCUUUGAAUUCCCCACGUUGGGAGAAAGCACCCAACAGACAGGGUGCCUUGAUAAACAUCAGAGAAUCCACAUAACUGAGAAGAGAUAUGAAAUCUCCGAGUACAAGAAAAUAGAUGGCGUAAUUGGACAUCAGGGUAACCACCUGGGAGACAGGCCGUAUCAAUGCCCUGAUUGCGGGAGGCGCUUCGGUUGCAGGAUAUCAUUAGAGAAUCAUCGAGGCCUUCAUACAGAAGGCAGACCGUAUGAGUGUUCUUACUGUGGGAAAUGGUUCAGACACAGAACGACCUUGGGGAAACAUCAGAAGCUCCAUACAGGAGAGAGAGCACACGAAUGCCUCAUGUGCGGGAAGCUUUUCAUUUCUAACGCAGCACUUACAACGCAUCAGAGAAUCCAUACAGGAGAGAAGCCCUACCAGUGCCCUUCGUGCGAGAGAUCCUUCACAACAAAAGGGGAAUUGACAAGGCACGAGAGGAUCCAUACUGGGGAGAGACCGUUCCAGUGUCUGGAGUGCGGGAAAGGUUUCAUGCGGAGAGAACACUUGGUGACUCACCAGAGAACCCAUACACGGAAAACGGUUCAAAUAAGCUAAAUAAA